UAUGGAUGGUGGCUGCAGUGGGUUGGUUAUUAAACCCUCUUGAUUGUUCAUGGGUCCACAGUAUUUGAUUGUUUUCCUUGGUAUCUGACUAUCUGUAAGAAAUGUGAGAAACGGAAUGUACAAGGGAGACAGGUAGUAUAUGAAAAGGAAAAGGAAGUACUGUACGUUUUUCCUGUUUUUUUUUUUUUUUCUUUUUUCCUUUUUUUCGAACUUACGUUUCUAUAAUGCUGGAUUUCAGGAUGAUGUGCAAGGAGAUGGCCAUUCUUUUCACUCCGGAGAUGACAAUUUUGACAAUUUUAAUGAAGAAACAGAGUCUACUUCUACUAGGGGAAGGGGAGGAGGAAGAGAUGGGAUACCACUGCGACAGCCCCAGGUGCUAGGAGAUGACAAUGCUGUUCACGCUGAAGAAGAAACAGAGUUUACUUCUACUAGGGGAAGGGGAAGAGGAAGAGAUGGGAUACCACCGCGACAGCCCCAGGUGCUAGGAGAUGACAAUCUUGUUCACUCUGAAGACGAAACAGAGUCCACUAGGGGAAGAGGAAGAGAUGGGAUACAAUCGCAACAGCCCGGGCAGCCGCUGACCAGAGCAAGAAGCUCCCCUCGAUUUCAGGAGGGGGUGCAGACGGGGGUUUCGGAGAUGAUGAUGAUAGAGAUGUCUCACUUCCUUCGAGAGAAGUAAGACAGGUACGGAUUAGCCGGAUUGGAUGCUCUUAUGAGACUUUGUACGUUGCCUUUGGUUUACUACUAUCUUCCCACGUGUAGGGAGCUACUUCAGGUUUUGUUAUAUUCACAAUGCCAAGUUCAACCCAGCUUUCUUUAUCUAGUUUGUUGUAUACUUUGGCUUAGGAGUUGGUGCUUUGCUUUCUUAGUCAGUUUGCUUAGUUUGUUUUCACAACUUCUUUUAUUUUGGCCUAUUUUAGUUGGCCUCUUUUAUGCAUAUUACACUGUACUCCAUUGCAGUCCUUACUUUGGCUAUCUCUUUUUGGUUGGUUGUAUGCAUGCUCUGAUGGAUUUUAUUCA